AUGUCGUCUCUUCUUCGGGAGGAAAUGCAACGAGUUUUAUUCAGACCAGCAAAACAAAGACUUAUUGAGUUUAUUGAAAUCGAGGAGUCGUCGCCAGGCAGACAUUUUCUCUGUGUGUCAGUUGCAAAAAGGCAAGUGCAGUUAUCGAUUGUGCGAUGUCAGGAAUCUCAGACCACUUUAAAAUCUGGAUCAAAGAAGUCCCAAACCCAACGCUCCAGCAUACAGGACAGCUACAAGAGAACAGAGAUCUGGUUUCUGGAGGACUUAAGUCUUGUGGAUGGCCGAGAUCCUGAUGUGGAUGACCCGUGUUUCCUGCUGCACUUCGGGAAGGUGCGUUCAGUGACGGCCGUCAGUUGUUCGGCCAAAUAUUCCAUCGUCCGUGCGCUAGUUGUCCUGAGCGACCAGUAUUGUCAGAGGCCGCUGAACCUUCGGAACUUUGACUGUGCCUACAUUAAACCCACAGCCUUCUACUCCAACAGGGGAGACUGUGUGGUGCUGUCACAGAUCUGCUUCUAUGCAUUUAAUUUGGUUUGUCUGUCUAUGUGUCCCGUGCCCCUCGAUGCGUGA